GAUCUCGCCGUAGUGGCGGUGGCGACGACGGCGGCUGCUGCGGCGACGGUGGAGAGGUCUUUAUACAUUGCUCUAUUCCUUUUGCCAGAAAGGAAAUAAUUUGGUGAUGGAGUGCUUUCACUGACAGAUGGACUCACAGGAGAGAAGCUCAGCAGAGGCAGAAGGAACCAAAGAGAGGGGUUUAGUCCAUGUUUGGCAGGCAGGAUUCUGCUCUAUAACUCCCGAGAGACUGCCAGGCUGGGGAGGAAAGACUGUACUUCAAGCAGCCUUAGGAGUGAGCCAUGGAGUACUUCUAACUGAAGGUGGUGAGGUCUACAGCUUUGGGAACCUUCCCUGGAGAACAGAACCAGCAGAGAUCUGUCCAAGGAGUCCUCUUCUAGAAAAUGCUUUGGUUGGACAGCACGUUACUACUGUGGCAACAGGAAGCUUCCACAGUGGAGCAGUGACAGAGAAUGGCAUGGUGUACAUGUGGGGGCAGAAUUCUGCCGGCCAGUGUGCUGUUGCUAACCAGCACUAUGUACCGGAACCAACACCCAUCAGUAUUUCUGACUCUGAGACAAGCCCCUUGUUAUCGGUCAGGAUUUUACAGUUGGCGUGUGGAGAGGAACACACCUUGGCACUCUCAAUAAGCAGAGAAAUAUGGGCAUGGGGUACAGGCUGUCAGUUGGGUCUUAUCACUACUACUUUCCCAGUGACGAAACCACAAAAAGUAGAGCAUCUGGCUGGACGAGUAGUGCUACAAGUGGCCUGUGGCGAUUCCCACAGCUUAGCGCUUGUACAGUGCCUCCCAUCACAGGAUGUAAAGCCAGUCCCAGAAAGAUGCAACCACUGCAGCCAGCUCCUGAUCACUAUGACCGACAAAGAAGACCAUGUGAUCAUUUCUGAUAGUCAUUGCUGUCCAUUAGGUGUGGCCCUAUCAGAUGCCCAGGCUGAAAGUCAUGAUACCAACACUCCUUCCACAGGGGAAAGCCUGGAAAGCAAAAAUUUAUCUGAAAGCCAGGGAGAGGAGAGAAAGACUCUUAGAGAAAAUGGUGCGUCUGUAGCUUCUGAAGUGGAUGUUGAAAAUAUACAGCAAGUGAAUGAUGAGGCCACGCACCCCAAACAAGAGAUCACUGGAACCACAGGCAUUUCCAUUUUGAGAAAUAUGCCAUUACUCCCUGACAACCAUGUAGAGAAAGAACGUUUGCAGAAGUUGUCAGAUGAUCCCUUACAAGGACAUCCUGAGACAAGUGGCGAUGUAGAGGUAGCACAGCCUCUUACUGAAGAACCAAAUCCCAUUCUCCCCAGCCCACCAACCACAAGUACAUCUGCUCUAAAUAGCUUAGUGGUCUCCUGUGCCUCGGCAGUUGGUGUGAGGGUAGCUGCUACAUAUGAAGCUGGAGCGCUGUCUCUUAAGAAAGUAAUGAACUUUUAUAGUAUAGCUCCUUGUGAAAGUGGACUUCAGUCAGGCAAUGCUUCCUUGGGCCCAGAAGGAUUGAAGGAUAGCCGGGAAGAGCAGGUUAAACUGGAAUCCAUGCAAGGAAAGAAGAGUUCAAGUCUUGUGGAUAUUAGAGAAGAAGAAUCUGAAGGAGUUAGCAGAAGGCUUUCUCUUCCUGGAUUGUUAUCGCAAGUUUCUCCCAGGCUCCUGAGAAAAGCUGCCCGGGCAAAAACACGAACAGUGGUACUGACACCUACAUAUAGCGGGGAAGCAGAUGCACUCCUGCCUUCUUUAAGGACUGAAGUGUGGACUUGGGGGAAAGGGAAAGAAGGACAGCUAGGACAUGGCGAUGUUUUGCCUAGGCUUCAACCAUUAUGUGUAAAAUGUCUGGAUGGUAAAGAAGUAAUUCAACUGGCAGCUGGUGGUCAUCAUUCCCUUGCUCUUACUGCUAAAUCCCAGGUUUACUCAUGGGGUAGUAAUACUUUUGGCCAACUUGGUCACUCAGAUUCUCCAACUACAGUUCCUCGUCUUACAAAGGUAUGCAAUGAAAAUGGAAUCUGGAGUGUAGCUGCUGGGCAGGAUUAUUCCCUUUUUUUAGCAGACACAGAUGAUUUCCAGCCUGGAUUGUAUUACAGUGGCCGGCAGGAACCUGUAGAAAGUAGUAGUCUUAGCACUGGUACUAAGACUGCAACACUGCUAGUAUCCUGUAGUAAGCUUGGGUACAUAAGCAGUGUGACAGCAGGGAAGAACAGCUGCCUAGCUUUGGUGGACAAAAAUAUUAUGGGAUAUAUUGCCAGUCUACAUGAGUUGGCUACUACAGAAAGACGGUUCUACUCAAAACUAAGUGAUAUUAAAUCCCAGAUUCUCAGGCCCCUCCUCGGUAUAGAAAACUUGGGCACUACCACCACCGUCCAGCUGUUGCAGGAGGUAGCAAGCAGAUUCAGCAAGCUGUGUUACCUGAUUGGUCAGCAUGGAGCCUCACUGAGCAGCUUCCUUCAUGGGAUUAAGGAAGCCAGGAGUUUGGCCAUCUUGAAGCAUGCAAGUCUCUUCUUGGAUAGUUAUACAGAGUAUUGCACAUCUAUUACAAAUUUUGUAGUUAUGGGAGGAUUCCAGCUUCUUGCCAAGCCAGCAAUUGACUUCUUAAAUAAAAACCAGGAGUUAUUACAAGAUUUAUCAGAGGUGAAUGAUGAAAACAUCCAAUUGGUGGAAGUGCUAAACACUUUGUUUUUUUUGCCAAUAAGACGUCUUCAUAAUUAUGCUCGAGUUUUGCUAAAGCUUGCUACUUGUUUUGAAGUGACAUCUCCAGAGUACCAGAAACUGCAGGAUUCCAGCUCUUGUUAUGAGACUCUUGCUCUCCAUCUCGGCAGGAAAAGGAAGGAAGCAGAAUACACACUGGGCUUCUGGAAGACCUUCCCUGGGAAAAUGACGGAUUCCUUGAGGAAGCCAGAACGUAGGCUAAUCUGUGAGAGUAGUAAUCGAGCAUUGUCUCUACAACAUGCUGGUAGAUUCUCUGUGAAUUGGUUCAUUCUCUUUAAUGAUUCUUUGGUCCAUGCUCAGUUCUCUACACACCAUAUUUUCCCCUUGUCUACUCUGUGGGUGGAACCUAUUUCAGAAGAAGUUGGUAGUGUGAACGGCUUAAAGAUAACUACACCUGAAGAACAAUUUAUUCUUGUUUCAUCAACACCCCAGGAAAAAACUAAAUGGCUACGGGCUAUAAGCCAAGCUGUGGACCAGGCCCUCAGAGGUGUGUCUGACUUUCCCCCUUAUACAAGUGGAAGCAGUGUUCAGAGACAAGAACCUCCUAUUUCACGAAGUGCUAGAUACACUUUCUACAAGGACCCCCGAUUAAAGGAUGCUGUUUAUGACGGACGAUGGCUUUCAGGGAAACCCCAUGGCAGAGGGACUUUGAAGUGGACUGAUGGGAAGAUGUAUAAUGGCAUGUUCAGAAAUGGCCUAGAAGAUGGGUAUGGGGAAUACAAAGUUCCAAAUAAAGCACUGAACAAGGAUGACCAUUAUGUGGGAUAUUGGAAAGAAGGAAAAAUGUGUGGUCAAGGAGUCUACAGCUAUGCCAAUGGAGAGGUAUAUGAAGGCUGCUUUCAAGAUAACAUGCGUCAUGGUCAUGGCCUUCUACGAAGUGGUAAACUGACUUCCUCCUCUCCCAGUAUGUUCAUUGGCCAAUGGGUAAUGGAUAAAAAGUCUGGAUAUGGUGUAUUUGAUGAUAUCACAAGGGGAGAAAAAUAUAUGGGAAUGUGGCAUGAUGAUAUGUGUCAGGGGAAUGGUGUGGUAGUUACCCAGUUUGGAUUGUACUAUGAAGGAACAUUUAGCCUUAAUAAAAUGAUGGGAACUGGCAUUUUACUUUCUGAAGAUGACACUGUCUACGAGGGAGAAUUUUCAGAUGAAUGGACACUUAAUGGAAAGGGAACACUGACUAUGCCAAAUGGGGAUUACAUCGAAGGUCUUUUCAAUGGGGAAUGGGGAUCUGGAAUAAAAAUUACUGGAACAUACUUCAAACCCAGUUUGUAUGAGAGUGAGAAGGACCGACCCAAAAUUCUGAGGAAGCUGGGAAACCUGGCAGUGCCCGCUGAUGAGAAAUGGAAGGCAGUAUUCGAAGAAUGCUGGCACCAGUUGGGCUGUGAGAGCCCAGGCCAGGGAGAAGUCUGGAAAGCCUGGGACAACAUUGCUGUGGCUCUGACCACCAACCGUCGCCAGCACCGAGACAGUCCAGAGAUAUUAAGUCGUUCACAUACCCAGACACUGGAAAGUUUGGAAUUCAUUCCACAGCAUGUUGGUGGUGCCUUCACUGUGGAGAAAUACGAUGAGAUAAAGAAAUAUUUAAUAAAGGCUUGUGACACUCCUCUGCACCCUUUGGGUCGGCUCAUAGAAACCCUGGUUGCAGUGUAUAGAAUGACGUAUGUGGGAGUGGGAGCCAAUCGGCGAUUAUUGCAAGAAGCUGUGAAAGAGAUUCAGUCCUACCUUAAGCGUAUUUUCCAGCUGGUCAGGUUCCUAUUUCCUGAUCUUCCUGAAGAGGGCAGCACAAUUCCACUGUCUGUUCCUCUGCCCCAGGAAAGGAAAUCCUUUUGCACAGGGAAGUCUGAUUCUAGGUCAGAAUCUCCAGAACCAGGCUAUGUGGUCACAAGCUCUGGAUUACUGUUGCCUGUGCUAUUACCUCGACUCUACCCACCGCUCUUUAUGCUGUAUGCCUUGGAGAAUGAUCGAGAAGAAGAUAUUUAUUGGGAGUGUGUUCUUCGACUAAACAAACAGCCAGAUACUGCUCUCCUGAGCUUUCUCGGUGUGCAAAGGAAAUUUUGGCCAGUGACUUUGUCAGUCUUUGGAGACAGUAAAAAGGUUUUGCCUACUACAAAAGAUGCCUGUUUUGCCUCAGCAGUAGAAUGUCUACAACAGAUCAGCACGACGUUUACCCCAUCAGACAAACUUAAAGUUAUCCAGCAGACUUUUGAAGAGAUAUCUCAAAAUGUCCUUGCUACACUUCAGGAAGAUUUCUUGUGGUCCAUGGAUGACCUGUUUCCUGUUUUCUUAUAUGUGGUGCUACGGGCCAGGAUCAGGAAUUUAGGAUCCGAAGUACAUCUCAUUGAGGAUCUAAUGGAUCCAUAUCUCCAGCAUGGGGAACAGGGAAUCAUGUUCACUACUUUGAAGGCAUGUUACUAUCAGAUCCAGCGUGAAAAGCUUAACUGAAGCCCCAUCAACCUGCAAACUGGAUUAUGUGUGGAACAGAGCACUGCAGCACCAUCUAAAGUCUUCACCCAGCAUAGCUGAGAACAUCACAGAAGUCAGAAAGGCCCGAUGUCCUUUGUCCCGGUUAUGGCUUCUGAGCUCUGUUGGUCGUUCAGAACCCUGAGGCCGCAGGAGGACAAGAGGUGAUGGAAACAGUGAUUGAGAAUUGGUAGCAUUUUGAUGAAAUCUCGUCUGAUGGCAAGUUCCAAAACAUCAAAUGAGCUUCUGGCGUUAAAACAACAACAACACAAUUCCAGUAUUACCUUUCUUAAGUAUAAGUCUUGCUAUUAUGUUUGUGAUGAAAGACUUGGUCUCAGGAUGUAGCUUCUUUAUAUACUUGAGAAGUUUAUGAAUACUAUGUGUUUCUGAUUUUCUUGACUCUGUUUGCAGUGACUCUGAAUCCCUUCUCAAGAAUCAGUUGUACCUUGAAGCCACACUUUGCCUUCUUAAAUUCUUUUCAAUCAUGUAUUUAUCUUUUGUUUUUACUGAGAGAGAAAAGAGAAUUUUAGCCUGCACUUUUACCAUUUCUAAGGUUUAUCACUGGAACACACAUGCAUGAUGGGAAAAGUUCUGUGUGAUAGCUACUGUACUCCUAUCCAUUAAUUAUGAGAAGCACGAAAGUAAAUUUCCUGUCUUUUGGAUAGAAAGAGUGGAAAUUUUGUCUUCAUUUCCUCACCAUCCUACCAGUAAUGAUGGCAUUGACUGAAAAAACACUAACUGAGAUGCUGUGAAACCUCAUUGAUCCUGCAGGUGACAGCUGCAUUCCAGGGCCUGAGAAUGAGAGCUGCAGAGCUUUGGCUGCAGGCCGCUAGAACAGCAUGUGUCAUGGGACUAAAGUAUGCAAAAUGAAUGGAGCUGUCACCAAGCUGGGGGUGUGAGACUACCCCCUCCCUUCACGCGCACCCCCUCCCUCACCUGGACUCACAGGGAAGAAAAAUCAAACUCUUUUGACUUUUCCAAUUUCAGAAGUAUUUUGAUGCAAGAAUCUCAGUGUUUUUGUUUUUUAAACCUUCCCACUUGUGGUUUAAAGUUAUUGGGUUCUGGUGUACAAUGAACACUAGUGGCCAUUUUGAAUCCAAUUGGUGCUUUUCUUUGUCACGUCACUUACAUACAAAGCGCAGGAAUAGAAAACGUCUCUCUGGCCUGUUAUGUCCCGUAGCAGAGAGGAGACUGAUGAGUUUUAGAAAAUGGAAUCAUGGUUUGUGCCCUCUUACUUUAUCAGUCAAAACAACUGUUUGUUAAAAUACUGUUUGGGAAUGCUGACUGUAAUGUAGCAGCACUUUUCAUAAUAAAACAUGUUCAUCUUUCUGAA